AUGGCAUUGCUGUCUAUUGGUCAAGUCUCUGCGCUGGUUGCCGCAGGUACCACUGCACCGAUACCGCUCAUCCUCAUUGCUUUCAUCAACAGGCGGUACGAUCAAGUACAUCAGACCGCUGUCACAUGGUCUGCGCUUAGUCGAACCCUCCACUCAACAUACUGGCCAACGAUUCUUAGCCCGGAUUUGUCAGCGAGUACGAAUGUGAACCCUGCAGUUGUCGCCGCAGUCUACUUGGGCAUCUUCACAACAUUUCUAGUCGCUGUGACUGCCGUCGUCACGCCCCUUGGUCUUUAUGAUGCAACUGUGUCCAGCAAACCUCAAAGGGUGCCUUUCAGUUAUGCGCAAGAUCUGACACCCUUCGGGUACGGAAGUCUUCCUAGGAGUGAUAUGGGCUUCAAUCGUAUCUGUGGAAGCCCGGAAGGAUCGAUGAGUUGUCCCGGCUCAAACUUCUCUGUCAUCCGAGAACUCUACACUGAUCCCAAUAAUUUUACUCUCAACUUGAACUGGAUAGAUGGCUACUACUACACCAACAUCUCUUUUGAGACACAGAACCUAUGGGCAAGUGGCCUAGACGCAAUGGAAAGGAGUGUGUCCAGUAUGUUCGAUAUCCAGUGGCGUUCCUAUGAGACCAGACAGCAGAAUCUAUCAAGCAUGUUUGCUAGCUACAAUGAUACCUCUUCAUCUACUGGGCAGUACUACGACAACGGAUCACCAUACUUAGUGGGAGGAUACCGACAGAUACAAGGCUUACUUCCAAGGAAUGGAUUCAAGAUCAUCGAAGGGCUGGUGGCCGAUUUAGAAAGCGGUGGAAUUGGUUUUCGUAAUCACACUAUUCCCUCUCAGCUUCCUCAUGAAGUCAUAUGGACAGAAGAUAUCCUGUUCGUUGUGCCCGAAACAAGUUGCGUUGAUAACAAUUUAACGAUUGAUUGCGAUCUCAAAGAAGACGAUACACUCCAUACAUUGGUAUCUGGUGACAUCCUACGACUGACAGAUCGUGGCAGGUUUGCGAAUUUGAAUAGUACAGUUAUUCUGGAAGGCAUUCAAACCAUGAACAGCUCACAAGACCGCAUCUAUCUCCACGCUAAAGCACUCUAUGCAGCUGGGUUUAGCAACGCAUUGACCAUGAUCUAUAUGAAUUUGACGAACAAAGAGCGCGGUCUGGGAGAAUUCAGGAUGUACGAACAGGUACCAGUCGGGACAUCAUACCUUCUUGAAGAUGAGUCGAACAGAGCUUCAUUCAGCGGAAGUGGUGGGAAAGUGGCUAGUUCCAUCCCGAAACCAAGGAGAAUUGCUCAUAGGCUUGGUCAACAUUUAGAUCUCCCUCCUUCGGCCGCAGACAUCGCCGACAACCACACUUUCUUUUUGAGCCAUAACCAGAUCUAUACAAAUCCCCAUAAUGUCACAACGGAUGCUUUCAAAUACUUCGGGUUAUCAGAUCUGCAUGUCAUCAAUGUGACGGAAAAGACCUAUUCCAAUACAUUAUCCAUGCCGAUCUGGGGAGUGGAAGACUCUGGCAUCACUUAUAGGGAUAUAACACCACUUUGGGGUCUAUUAAGCCCGGCGUUCGCAGAAAAGUCUAACAUCUCAAUUAUUCACAAGGAGUCACUAUGGCUUCCUGGAUAUACUAAGAGCCUUUUGUCCUCAGUUGUAGACUCCACGAUGAACAUACCGGGAGUAAACUUUUACCGCACCAUCAUGCAGUAUAUCUAUGCAGACCUACUAAGCAGCACAGUAAUUCCAUCUGUAGAGACCCAUGACUACUCAGGGCAUGGCCAAUUCGCCCUAUAUCAAAGAUGGCUUGAACUUGGACGGACAGCUACUCGGUCUGCAGACAUUAUCAACCUGAUAUGGACAGACAUUGCUGCAAACGCUGUAGUUGGUACUCGAUCUUGGUCGUCCAAGUCGCCGGGUUCAGCCACAUUUGGAUCUCAAGAUCAGACCAGUCCGCGUGAAGUACCCAACGUCACUCUGCUGCAACGAAGCACGAGGUACCAUAUUGUCUACGCGAUACCAGCAAUGUUGUUACUGUUGCUGACACUUAUCAUAAGUGUCGCUACAGCCAUACUACUGCUUCUACAGCGCACUGGGUUGAAUCGGAUGAGAUGGUUCCUCAAUCAAACCUCGUUGGGACGCAAUCUUACAGCGCUUUUAUAUCCAGAUGUCAGCCCACAGCAGUCUUUGCAGAAAGCAUGGGCGAAGAACGAUGCACACAGGGUAAUAACUGUAGCUCUGGAUAGACCGUACGCUAACAGCCACUUGGACAAUGAGACAAGCCCUCAGUCGAAAGGGGGCGCGACAGCCUCGCAGCGUUUGAUGAAUGAGGAUGAUACUGAGCGUCUGGAACAAUAG